AUAUACUUCAAUAUUAUAAAAGGCCCUCUUCAAAAACCGUAGUUUCUGUUUGUCUUUCCCCCCACACACGCUAUGGGCUAACUACUCUGCCAAGGCGAGAGCAGGAGUUGAUCCUACAUGAAGCACCGCUAACUGCAAUGCUGAAUGGAGAGAACCUUUUGGUUGAAGUCUAGUAUGUCUUCUUUUCUUGGUUUGUAUGGAAUUGGACUUUUAUUAAUAUACCAUAAACUUGCUGUAUCUAUUCUCUCUCUCUCUUCCUGGGAAUUUCAGAUUUUAGAUAAAGGCAUUAGAUUUUCAUAGGAAUUGAAACUUUAUGGAAUAUGUUAGUGUAUUUGAUCAGAUAUUUUCAAAUCUUAGCAUCUAUCUAGAGGUGGUUUCUUUGAAUAGAAGGUUACCCCGGGUAUUAGGCUAGUAAAUGAUAAUGGAAGAGGGGAGAGAGAAAGGGGGGAAGGUGUUGAGUCUGAUAGAGAAGGCGACCAACUCCACGGCUGCUGAGGUGGACCCACGUCUCCUUAAGGCCAUAAAAUCCGUAGUCCGCUAUUCGGAUAUGGAACUACGACUUGCUGCCAAUACCCUUUUGGAUCUCAUGAAGCGCGACCAUUCUCAGGUAAGGUACCUAACACUCCUAAUAAUUGACGAACUGUUCAUGCGUUCAAAGCUUUUCAGAAGCAUUCUUGUUGACAACUUGGAUCAGUUGCUGAGUUUGAGUGUUGGGUUCAGAAGAACUCUGCCUCUCCCAGCUCCUCCUGCUGUCGCUUCUAUUUUGCGCUCUAAGGCAAUCGAAUUCUUGGAGAAGUGGAACUCUUCCUUUGGGAUUCAUUACAGGCAGCUCAGAUUAGGGUUUGAUUACCUUAAAAACACCCUCAAGUUGCAGUUUCCUAAUCUACAGGCCAAUGCAGCUCGGAUUCAGCAGGAGAGAGCAGAACGGGAAAGGCGGUCAAGAGAGAUUUUGCUAAAGAAAUUUGAAAUGUUCAAGGACAUUUUCUCAUCUAUUAAGGAAGAGAUCAUGUCUACCAUUGACGAGAUUGGGGAAUGCUUAGACAUAGUCCGUACAAAUGAGGAAUUUAUGCCUCUGCCUCCUGCAGAUGAUGAAUAUUUCGAAGAGUUUCGUUCUUCUGAACUGCUGCAAAUCCGUCUCAACACUUUAAAAGAAGGGGAAAAGGUUCACGAGAACAGUGACAAUAAAGUGGUUUUUGAUGCAUUAAGGGAGCUGUACAAGCUUCUAGAGACAAAGCAUUUGGCUGCAGUUCAAGAAUGGAUCUCUGUUCUUCUAAGGGUUGAAGUGGCAGACAACAGGUUCAGAGAUUCCGCUUUAAAGGAGUUAAUUGAUAUCCUAAAUCGUCUCAAAUCAGUGAAGAAGAAGUGUGAAGAAUCAGGUUGUGCUCUUCCAAACACUGCAAAUCGUGAUGAAGAAGAAGAUGAUUUCUGGGAGGAGGGUAAGAUUGGAUCACUUGAGAGUGAGAGAUCUACUGUGCCCAAUAAGCAAGAUGAAGCUUUUUCCAUGAAAGUAACACCUAAUAAGUUCAAAAAUAGAACUCCUGAAAGCAGUAAAAAAGAUUGUAAUGACAAUGAGAUUCUCAGUGCUGAAGGCGUUGAAACCAAUUUGGACCCAUUAAGAAGUAAGCUUCUGGCUGAAGCUCCUGUGAUGAAUUGGGGUUCUUUCUUGGAUAACUGGGGUUCAAACAGGAAGGUUUUGACUAACCAGCGGGGAUUGGAGCUUGAAAGUCACUGGGGUAGAGUGGAUUAUGACGCAGUUAUUCCAGCUGAGAAAAUGCCCGAACUGAAUGUACAUGCAACUCUUUAUGAAGAGCAGCAAACUGACAUUCAACCCUGCAGGGCUCCUUUGAGCAAAGGGGGUCUUUGUCAGAGAAGAGACCUGAGAAUUUGUCCAUUUCAUGGACCUAUUAUACCUCGAGAUGAUGAAGGAAAGCCACUCAAUCAGAACUCUUUAAAAGAAGAGAUAUCUCUUGAUUUGGGGAUUGAUUCCAUUGAGCAGUUAGCAAAACAAGCUGUGAAGAAUGUUCGUGUGAGAGAUAAAGAAGUAGCAAAUAAGAGAGAAAUUGAUAAAAAGUCACUGAAGCGUGCAAAACUUGCAAAAAUUCGGGAGCACAAUGAAACAGUUCUAAGGGACGCUGCCUUGACAUCAACUUCAAGAUCUGCAUCUAUUGGAGAAGAUAUGAGGGUGACUGAUGGUGAGAAACCGUCAGCCAGAAACAAGAAGGAAACGCUCUCAUCCAUGCUGCACAAGAAAGUGACACCAAAAGAUAGGAUAGCUCAGAGGCUUUUGAAUUCACGGGCAAAGGAUUCAACAACAAGGCAGCUCACAUUGGGUGAAGAUGCAAAUUACCGAGAAGCCUUCCCAAAUCAAUGGCAAUGAAAAUUUCCUUUUUAGGCUUUUGGGUACUUCAGAGGAAUCCGAAUUUCACAGAUGCACAUGUUGGUAACAUGGCACCAGAUUCAGAUAUAUUAGUGGAGACUUUUGGUGUUUUUCUCACAACUGAUUGCACCCAGGGAUAGUGAAUGAUGGAGAGGAUCUCUCCUUAUCAAUUUUGUAUUCUAUCAUUCUAUGUAGAUAUCUUGUUUAUUUUUUCAUUGUUUAAAUAUUUGUGAAAUAUUUGUAUAUAUUUGAGGUGAAUAAUGAGUUGGAUUGAAAAUUAUUAAUUUUCUACGAAAUUUCUAUGAA